AACGGGCAGUGUGUAGCUUACGUGACAAGACGACGCAUUAAUUUUCUUUUUUGUAUUCAAAGCGGUAAAUGAAGAAGAUAGUGUCACGAAAACAGCAAAACACCUCUUGACUUGUGUUGUCUUUAUCUCCUCAACUGUCAAGAUAAAACCAGAUUAGGAGCCACUGCAUGCACAAAUUCACAAACUUUUUUUUUUUGGAUCAUCGACUUUACCGAAUCACGGACACGCCCAAAAGUUGGAAUUCAGAAGUCUAGAGCUAUAAAAGCUCUGAUGUUUUUAUGAGAAGGUUCAGUAUUUAAAGCGCGAGCGCUUUGCUCCAAGAGACGUUGAGGAAUGUACCGACAACAUCGCACCUGCUUCUGAAAAGUCACGAAAUUCACGGAGGAAAACAUCGAUAUCGCCAUAAGAGGACCACAUAAGGUUGCCUGCAAAUAGGCCUAACUCUGAGAAUUAUGGAAACUAGACUACUCCUGUGGGCUUCCUUUGUAUUUCAAGUGGCCGGCACUCAUCAGUCUGCUCCCAGAGUGCAGCUGGCUUUUAAAGAACUUAUGGACACUCGAACAGGGAGACCAUUCAGUUUCUCUUUCAACACCAGUGACUACCGGAUCUUGCAUGUUGAUCAGGAUCAGGGACGGCUUUACCUGGGCAGCCGCGAGUAUCUGGUCUCUCUGGACAUGCAAAAUAUCAACAAAGAGCCUCUCAUUAUCCAUUGGCCGGCCCCCGCUCAGAGGAAGGGAGAGUGUCAGAUGACUGGGAAAGGCAGGCAUGGAGAGUGUGCUAAUUUUGUGCGUCUGAUUGAGCCAUGGAACAGGACUCACCUGUACACCUGUGGGACAGGAGCAUAUAAACCCAUCUGCACCUUCAUAAACAGAGGCUGGAGAGCUGAGGACUACCUUUUCAGGCUGGUUCCUGGUUAUGUGGACUCCGGAAAGGGAAAAUGCUCUUAUGAUCCAAACCAGGAGAAUGUUGCAGCGCUGAUAAAUGGAAACCUGUAUGCAGGAGUGGCUGUAGAUUUCAUGAGUACUGAUCCAGGCAUCUUUAGGACCAUGGGAAGCCGGCCAGCUGUGAGAUCUGAACAGUAUGACUCAAAAUGGCUCAAUGAGCCUGUGUUUGUUCACAUGAAGCAGAUUCCUGACAGCUCAGAGAGGAACGAUGACAAAAUCUAUUUCUUCUUCCGUGAGAAGAGUCUGGAUUCUGCCGGAGGAGCGAGUCCAAGUGUUGUGGCCAGAGUGGGCCGUGUGUGCCUGAAUGAUGAGGGGGGUCAUAAGUCUCUGGUGAACAAAUGGACGACAUUUCUGAAGGCCAGGCUAGUGUGCUCUGUAAUGGGAGAUGACGGGGUGGAAACCUUCUUUGAUGAAUUAAGGGACGUAUUUAUCCAACCCACUCAAGAUGAACGAAACCCUGUGCUAUAUGCGGUCUUCUCAACUUCUGGCUCAGUGUUUAAAGGCUCCGCCGUGUGUGUGUACUCAAUGGCUGACAUUCGAAACAUCUUUAAUGGCCCUUUCGCCCAUAAACACGGACAUAACUACCAAUGGACUACAUACACAGGAAAGAUUCCCUAUCCACGGCCUGGAACAUGUCCAGGAGGCACAUUCACACCAGGUCUUCAAUCAACAAAAGAGUUCUCAGAUGAAGCAGUGAACUUCAUUCGUGCACAUCCUCUCAUGUACCACCCUGUGUAUCCCAUUCACAAGCGCCCUCUGGUGGUGCGUUCAGGUGUAGACUAUCGUUUUACUACUAUUGCAGUGGAUCAGGUGGAUGCAGUGGAUGGCCGAUAUGAGGUUCUCUUCCUGGGAACAGAUCGUGGCACAGUCCAGAAAGUUAUAGUCCUGCCCAAGGAUCCCACCACAAUGGAAGAGCUUACUUUAGAGGAAGUGGAAGUUUUCAGGACUCCUGCUGCUGUCAAAACUAUUCAGAUAUCAGCCAAAAGGCAACAGCUGUACGCAUCUUCAGAAACAGGUCUCACCCAGAUGUCUCUGCACCGCUGUGGGGUAUAUGGAAUGGCCUGUUCAGACUGCUGCCUGGCCAGAGACCCUUACUGUGCCUGGGAUGGAGAAAACUGUUCUGCCUUUACACAAGCCACCAAAAGGAGAAGCAGAAGACAGGAUGUAAAACAUGGAGACCCUUUGCGUCAGUGCCGGGGCUACAACGCCAAAGUGGAAAGGAGACUGCAAGCGAAAGUGCAAUUUGGUGUGGAGGGUAGCAGAACAUUUCUGGAAUGUUUUCCACGCUCUCCACAGGCCACUAUCAAAUGGCUCUACCAGAAGGAGGGAAGACGAAAAGUGCUGAAUCGAGAAGGGGAGGUUCUUAGGACUCCACAGGGCAUUCUUCUAAAAUCUCUCACCAAAGCAGAUGCAGGCCUUUAUCACUGCCUGGCCACAGAAAAUAACUUCAAACACACGCUGGCUCGUGUCUCCCUACGUAUCCUGGACCAGAACAUCGCAGUAGCCCUCACCACCCUUGAUGAAGAGGAGGAGAAGACAACAAGGAGCUAUGACAAAGACUCUCAACAGAGCACUGCACCUCCUACGCCAGCUCUCUUGCUUGAACCUGAAUUGCGUCUGAUUCAGCAGUACUGCCAAUCAUACUGGGAGCAACUAACGGCUGGUGGGGACUCUCCGCCUUACUUCCCUAAACAUAUAAGCCGCAGACACAUAGAAGCACAGAAGGCUAGUGGAGGGUGAGGACAAGAGGAAAUUAAAGUUGUUAUCUGUUCAUCCCCUUAUUCCUAUCUGGUGAAAGAGAUACCAAAAAUAUAUAAUUCGGUCUUUUUAUUCACUUUCAUAUUCAUGUUAGGCAGAAUGUUACUCUCAGUCAACAUUCACUUCGAUUGCACCAUGAAAGUGAAUGGUGACAGAGAUUAACAUUAUGCCUAACAUCUCCUGUUGUGUUCCACAAGAGACAAAGGCACAUAGGUUUGAAACACCAUGAGGGUGAGUACAUUUUGACAGAGUUUUCAUUUUUGAUUCAUACAUUCACUGUUCAUGCAUUCACUGAUCCAUUUUUUGGGAUUCUUGUGGGUGGUGAUUGGUUCUUUAGACUGAGCGUUUUACAGUUGCCACAGUGAUUUGACAACGUUUUAGUAUUAUGCCAAGGUAUAAACUUUUACUAACCUCUCGUCAAAUUAAGUUGCGAAUGACUUUCAAGAUUCGUAUUACAUAUUACUUAUUACCAUUAAUCUAAAUGUAUUUAAAUACCUCAUGAAAUCGCUUGACGAGACAGUUUUUUUUCUAUUUUCAGUGUCAUUUCUGUUGCAUAUCUAAGGGCACAGCCCUUUGAGAAAAAAAAUAAAAAUAAAAUAAAAAUAAAAACAAUAGCCACUAGGCUUCAGUUUACAAAUCAGCAUGAAUCAUGGUUUGCUACUUGCUAAUCAGUUUUAGGUGGUAUUAGGAGCUAGAGAUAAUUUGAUUGGAUGAAUAUCUGUGUAGUGCAAGUUGAGUUAGCAAUAUUUUUGGAAAAUAUUUGGUGAAAGAAAAAAUGCUAAUUUUCCUUGAAGUUUAAUUGAUUUCAUAUUAGUUAAAAACAAUUAUGUGUAUAUCUGCCAAAAAUGUGUUUUGUUAACUUUUUAAGGAGUACACUAGCAUAUACAGUAAAUGUCUUCAAAGCUAACUGACAUAGACUAAAAGCCACAAAGCUUUUGAUUUCAUGGGGUCUUUAAGGUAAAACAAAACACAUUCAACCAUUCACCAUAAAGCACCUUUAAAGAAGAUAUUAUGUCAUAAGCAUGGAAAACGUUACAUUAUUCCGUCGUCUGAAAAUUAAGACCUCUACUAUUCCUUUGUUAAAUCACUUAAUCAUUGGGCCAGUGCAAUUUCUGAUGUUCCGCCUUGAUUAUGGUAUUAUAAUAGUAAUGUAUGUUUAAUAGUGAGAUAUGUGUGGAUUCCAUUAAUUGCUUGGGUUGAUAACGGAACCAAACAUUUUGCAAGAGCACUACUUCUCUACAUGUAUGUGUGACUGUGGCUGAUUCUCACAUUUGUAAAAUCUAUUUAUUUGAAGUUGUACAUAUUUUAUUGGGAUGAUCCAUGUUGCUAGAGGAUACUGAAUAAGGGUGGGUGGAAUUUUUGCAUGAUCGACAAAAAAGAAUUGUUGUUAUAUUUAUUUCAAUGCAUUCAGAAUGACAGAUAUGAGACUGACACUGUUUAAGAGAUAACAAUUGUUUACUGUGCAUUUAAUAUCAUGCUUUAUGACAGGUUGAGCCAUCACCCUAAAAGAAAAUGAUCAUAGGUUCUCUCUGAUAAUAUUGAACACUGGAAAUAUCUUUAUGGAACUAAACUGCGCAAUAGUUGUGUCCUUUUUUUUUUUUUUUUUACAUAAAA